AUGGAAGGGAAGGAGGCGACGGCUCAGCCCCUGGCCCUGGACUGGUCAUGCAGCGAUCUACUUCUGGAGAUUCGAGGCGACGCGCCCAGCCAGAGCUUCGGUAGCAGUGGCCGCAGCGGUCAGAGCGGGCACGGCUCGCGUGGCUUGCGCGUCGGCACCUCGACGCCGGUCUGGGCGCUUGGCCGGGGUGUUUCCCCAGCGUAUCAGGGCCGGCACAGGUGGAAGCUCCGCGUCCUCCGCCUCGCAAAGGACUCCUCGGAAUCUGCAGCAUCCCCAGAAUCGCCACCUCCGCCGCCUCCGUCGCUGCUCUUCGGAGUCCUGGCCCAGUUUCCGGGCGCUCGCCCGAUGCCCAGCGCGGCCUUAGGAGACCCGGCAGGGGAGGGGGUCGAGUCCGAAGAGCCGGCGCUGGCGCUGCUCGCAGACACCGGAGAUCAGCUCUUCUCCUCGAACCUUUCUGCCACUUUGCUUCGUGCUCCGUUGCUCUCCGGACCUCUAAAGGAGGCGGACCUGAUCGAAAUCACGCACGACCUCGACCGGCAAAGCCUGCGCUUCCGCGUCGAAGGCGGAGCGGAGGGUGAGGCCAAGCGGCUGCCCCUCCGCAGGGCCGGCCGCGGCACCCAUGCGUCGCAGCGGCUACGGGAGACGGCUUACUAUCCCUUCAUUGCCAUCAGGGCCGGUGCAGAAGUGGAGCUGCUCGCCCUGUACAAUGCAUCACGUACUCAUGCAGGCUCCUUCUCACUGUGGUUGAUGGAUGUUUCGUCUGUCGGAGAUGGCGAUGUAGUGUGA